AUGUCGAAGAUGGGAAACCUCGCGUCGGACACUGAUCCGAACACUGUGACCGUGUUGCAUCGCCGUGGCCCUGCCGUCAAAACCUUGAAGACAACUGCAGAACUGAAUGCAGCUCAACGACGUGGCGUUGCGAUUGAAACGUCCAAAAAAAUGAUGGCCGGUGGCAACAGACAGCAUACCGUUGACAAGAAUACGGCAAGACUGGAUGAAGAGACAGAAGAACUGCACCACGAACGUGUCUCACUUACACUCGGCAAAGUCUUGCAGCAGGCCAGACAAGCGAAGGAAUGGACGCAGAAAGAUCUAGCGACUCGUGUUAACGAAAAGCCUCAAGUGGUUGCUGAAUACGAAAACGGAAAAGCUGUGCCAAAUCAACAGAUUCUCAGUAAGAUGGAACGUGCUUUGGGUGUGAAACUUCGAGGUAAAGACAUGGGACAGCCACUGGUACCAAAAAGCAAGAAAUGA